AUGGACGAAGAUAUUGCGAAAUUAAAACCUUACCUUUCGAAUCUAAGGCGCAGCAUUGCGGAACUGAGGCCAGAGAUAAGAAAACUGACCAAAAAUUCACUAGAUGAUCAGUUGAUUCAGUAUCCAAAGGAACAGCAACGACUGGAGCUUUGUAACACAUACUCAUAUGUAUUAAACUCGCUGGUUUUCUCGUAUAUGAAACUCAUAAAUGUGAAGGAUAUGUCCAAUAUAAUGGUUGAGUUGAAUAGGUGUAAAGAGUACAUGAAGAAGGCCAAUGACCUGAAGGUGAAACUGGAUAAGAAGAGCGAGGGUGAGGAAAGACGGAAGGAAAAUGCCAAGAACGCAAUUAUUGGUGCAUUGAAUGGCCCAAGCAUAUCCAAAGAGAAUUUCAAAAAACAGGAUCCAGAGUCGACAAAGUUUGUCGGGAAACACACGAAAUUUGAUACCCAAGAUAAGACUACCAUAGGGGAAUCUCUGAAGGAUCGUAUAAUAGACAAGAAGAAGAAAAACACCGGUAAAAUCUCAAAAAAUUAG